UAUUUUUUUUCUUUCCCCCUCUUCCAUCAUGUUUCUGACGCGUUCCGAGUACGACCGCGGUGUCAACACGUUCUCGCCUGAGGGUCGAUUGUUCCAAGUCGAGUACGCAAUCGAAGCCAUCAAGUUGGGCUCCACUGCCAUUGGCAUCCAGACAACCGAAGGCGUCGUGCUGGCCGUCGAGAAGCGCAUCACGUCGCCGCUGCUGGUGCCAACAAGCAUCGAGAAGAUUGUCGAGGUCGACAGGCACAUUGGCUGCGCCAUGAGCGGCCUCACUGCCGACGCCCGCACCAUGAUUGACUUUGGCCGCCUCGAAGCACAGAACCACUGGUUCACCUACAAUGAAAGCAUUAAGGUGGAGAGCGUCACGCAGGCGUUGUGCGAUCUCGCUCUUCGUUUCGGAGAGGAUCAAGACGAUGACGACGAGUCAACAAUGUCCCGACCAUUCGGCGUCGCGCUCUUGAUUGCAGGCGUCGACGAGAAUGGCCCACAGCUCUUCCACACGGAUCCGUCCGGAACUUUCACUCAAUUCGAUGCCAAAGCCAUUGGAUCUGGCUCGGAAGGCGCACAGACAGCUUUGCAGGAUGCUUACCACGCUACCCUUUCGCUGCGGGAAGCCGCCAUUCUUGCUCUCUCAACUCUUAAGCAAGUCAUGGAGGAAAAGCUGACUGCAACCAACGUCGAAUUGGCCUGUGUUACUGCCGAGCGUGGAUAUCACGUUUACAACAAGGCCCAGUUGGAGGAGCUGAUUGCAGCGUUGUAGAGAGCUCGAAUGAGCCAAACAGAAAAUGUAUUAUCGUUGUGCACCACAUG